AUGAAGAGGGUAUUCUCAUCUACUCAGGCAAAUCGCCUUUACACCAGGAUGGAGAAAAAUUUUCUUCGUGAGAGGAUUCAUACAUCUAGACGAGACUUAGCAAAGGUAGACAGGGAAUUGAUCGACCUAUUUUAUAUCCUUACCGCCAACAUGCAACCUGUAGACUGGGACAAGAUUGACGGAAUAACAUACCAAAAUAUGCAAAAUGAAUUGGAAAGAACAUCAGCUCGCCAGAAGAUCAAAUAUGAAAAACUGCAACCAAAAACCAAGCCGGAAUAUAGGAUAUCUCUUGAACCUGCUCGAACCGUGGUGAAUCUCACAGAUAAGACCCUUACGACAUCAGAAGUAACAUUAUUAGCGAAGGGAGGAAACUUUGCCAUAACACCGAAAGUGGUUCCAGUGGAAGACAUUAUUGCCGGAACAGAAGCUGCCAUACGUAACCUUCCUAACAGUAUCGCAGACGAAAUCCGAUUUGAAACGGUCAACAUAUUGAGAACUGCUAAGGCUCCAAAAAGUAAUCUGUCUAGGGAAGAACAUCAGGCUCUAAAAUCGCUGAAUGCUGACAAGGACAUUCUGGUCUUACCGGCAGACAAGGGGAAUGCUACGGUAGUAAUGAAGUCUGAGGAUUAUAGGUCCAAAAUCGAGGAUCUACUGGAGCCCCAGACUUAUAAGUUACUGAAGAAGGAUCCUACUGCCUUAAUUGUCAGAAACACCAACAGACUCAUCAAGGCCUCCUCACUCCCGGAACAUCUGAAAUCAAAAUUAAUUAACUCGGAAGCUCAACCACCACGCCUUUAUGGACUACCAAAAAUUCAUAAAGCUAGUGUCCCACUUAGACCGAUAGUGAGUGCUCCAGGAUCGCCUACUUACAACUUAGCUAAAUACUUGACUACGAUCCUACAACCGAAAGUCGGCAACACAAACUCUUAUGUGAAGGACUCAACGCAUUUCGUCCAAAAGCUAAAAGAUAUAAAACUGGAACCAUCUGACAUCAUGGUAAGCUUCGAUGUGGUAUCUCUAUUCACGAGAGUACCCCUAGGCGAGUCAAUGGAUCUAAUCAAGGAAUCAUUCCCACCUGACAUCGCGGAGCUCUUCCGAGUGUGUCUGACUGGUAGCUAUUUCUUAUGGAACGGCAAUUACUACGAACAAACAGAAGGUGUCGCAAUGGGUAGCCCAAUCAGCCCAAUAAUUGCUAAUUUCUUUAUGGAGAGAUUUGAAGAAAAAGCGCUAGAGUCAUCCGUUCUGAAGCCCGCUGUAUGGUUUCGUUAUGUGGACGAUACAUUUGUGGUUUGGAAACAUGGACGUGACAGCCUAGAUGACUUCCUUCAUCACCUUAAUUCGCAGAGCCCGAGCAUAAAAUUUACCAUGGAAACCGAAGUAAACAACCAACUGGCCUUCCUCGAUGUGCUUGUCAAGAGAAAUGGCGACCUUUUGGAUCACACCGUGUAUCGAAAACCCACUCAUACAGACCGGUACUUACACAAACUAUCAAAUCACCAUCCAAGCCAAAAACAGGGGAUUAUCGGAACAUUAGCAAAUAGGGCAAGACGUAUCUGUGCUAAUGAACACAUCCAAGAGGAACUAAGUCAUUUAAAUAAAGCCUUUCUUGCCAAUGGCUAUAAUGACAGAGAAAUAAAGGCGGCGCUGGCACCUAGGCAGAGGAGACCUGACGCCAAUGAACAGGAAAACAUCAUUAAUAAGGCCUUCCUUCCAUAUGUUUCCCAGGUCACCGAUAGGAUUGGUAAAGUUCUCAAGAAGCAUAACAUCAAAACCAUAACAAACCUACCCGGAAAAUAA